GGAAAACUGACGAAUCUAUGUGGACCUUCACUGGUACUGAACCCACUCUACUUUUCAGGGAAAAUGUUAUCAUCUUUCUGUCAGACGGAGAAGACAUCACACCUGAUGAUGAACUUGAAGAAAUAUGUGAAUUUAAUAGAGACAAUGGACAUCCAGUCUACCUGUAUACAGUUCAAUUUUCGGAGCGUGGACGUAAGUCGCGGGAAAAAAGCAUUUUUAUUGUGGAGUUGCGAUGA